UAAUCUGCUUGUAAUUUAUUCUGAUGACAAUCAGGUCCCAAAGAUUAAAAUGACGAUCGUUAAUCAGAAUAUACUUGCAUUAGUUGCAAUUGCCUUCGAAGGUUCUUCGAUCAUAGAAAGUAUGGCUUGUUACCUUAGCACUUGGUAG